AUGCCGCGCAGAGGCGGCCCAAUCCAGAAACGAUCCUUGCCCCACGUCACGAAAGUGCUCGCCGUCGCCAGCGGAAAGGGCGGCGUGGGCAAGAGUACCGUCGCAGUGAACCUAGCGUUCUCGCUAGCGAUGCAUGCUGAGCACGCACCGCGACAGCGUCCCCGUGUCGGCAUCCUCGACCUCGACAUCUUCGGGCCCUCCAUCCCAAAGCUUAUGGCUCUCGAGAACGUAGAGGAACCCCAGCUGACCGACGCUGGGGCCAUUGUGCCCAUAGUGAACCACGGGCUCCCGUGCAUGUCCAUGGGCUUCCUGCUGCCCAAAGCGCCAGGCACGGACUCGUCCGCGGACACGGCCGUCGUGUGGCGCGGGCUCAUGGUCCAGAAGGCCGUGCAGCAGCUCCUCUUCGACGUCGACUGGCGCGACCCCGACGGCGGUGCGGGCCUCGACGUCCUUGUCAUCGACAUGCCGCCUGGCACGGGCGACGUGCCCCUCACGCUCGGGCAGCUCGUGAACGUCGACGGUGCAGUCAUCGUCUCGACGCCGCAAGACGUCGCGCUCACCGACGUCAGGAAGGGCGUGUCCAUGUUCCAGAAGAUAGCCGUGCCUAUCGUCGGCCUCCUGCUGAACGAGUCGCACUUCAUCUGCCCCUCGUGCACAACCCCGCACGAGCUCUUCGGGCCCCCGGCCGCGUUCCGCGCCACGGCGGCGCGCUUCGGGGUGGACGUCCUCGGCGAGCUGCCGCUUGUCCCUGGGGUGAGCCGUGGGGGAGACCGUGGCGUGCCCUACGCGCUGCACAGCGCGAAUGGGGUGGAUCGGACGACCGAUCCAGGCGGCAAGGAGUGGAGGGAGACGAUGGCUGGUGUCGCUGGGCAAGUGUGGCAGUUCUUGUCAAAGUAG